AUUGGGAACGGUCCGGCAACUCUGUUGGCUAGAGUUGGCAGCAACUGUGUGUAAACACAAGUCAAACCAAACAACAACAAUAAUAAUCAAAAAAAUUUAACUGAGAAAAAAUAUGUCCAGCUCAGAGGACAAAUUAAUUCUGGCAGAAAUGGGCUUGGAACUGUGUCGCGUAUGUAAUGUCCAUUCCACACAAUGCCUGUCACUCUACAAGCCGCAUACAAUUGCCGGCGAACUGACGACGCUGGCAGCGCUGCUCAGCGAUUGCGCCAAUUUGCAGAUACUCGAGGAUGAGCAGUUCCUGCCCUCGCACAUAUGCCAACCGUGUGUCGAGAUGCUUGCCAAGGUGCGUGACUUCAAGCGCAUGGCACUGCGUACGGAUGCCAUGCUCCGAAAGCGCCAUGCCCGACAAUUUGAGAUUAGUUCCCGCUCCCGCUCGUCAACGCCAACGCCAGCAAAGUCGCAGCCACAGGAGUCUAUGGAUGCAGAGACGGAAGCCGACACGGAUGAGUAUGUGUAUGUGCUCGAGGAAACCGAAUCGCUGGAGGCAGUCGUCGCCCAUCAGGAGGAUGUGCCUGUGCUCGAGCUGCGCUUUGAUACCCCGUCACCCAAAGUGGAGCUGCUUGAGGUGGACUUUGACUCGGCGGAGGAUUAUGCGCCCGAACAGGAACAGCAACAGGCAGAGGAGCAGCAGAGCACAUUGACGGAAAACUGUGUGAAGCAGCGUGCGCCACAACGCCGCAAAUCGCAUAAUCCCUCACUGCAAUGCCAGAUUUGCGGGAAGCAGCUGAGCACCAGCAACUCCUUCAAGUACCACAUGCAGUUGCACGGCGACAAUAGACCCUUUGUCUGCAGCAUAUGUGGAGAAUCGUUCAAGACACGCAACGCCUACGAUGGCCACGUAACGGUGCAUAAUCCCAACAAUCCCAACAAGUGCACCAUCUGUGGCAAGACGUACAGACAGGCAUCGUCGCUGCGUUCCCACCUCCUCAGUCACAGCGGCGUCAAGCCGUUCACCUGCGACAUAUGUGGCAAGGGCUUAACCCAAAAGUCUGGCUACAAGAAGCAUAUGCUCACGCAUACGGGCGAGAAGCCGCACAACUGUGACACCUGCGGACGCAGCUUUCGCUACUCCAGCAAUCUGAUUGCCCACAAGCGCUCCCACACACGUAAAAGUCCCAGCUGUCUGACGAAGCUGCUCACUGACAAAUCUCCCAGAGAAGGCAUCGAAUAAAUAAACCCAACCAAGAACAACACCAUCUCCACCAAAACCUGAUGUACAACAGCAGCCACUAAUCACAAUUGAUCACAAGGAACUGCAAUAUUUAAAACUGCAUUUUGCAUAUAAAAUAACCCGAUUAGUAUAAAAUAAGCAACAAUUUAUAUUGUAGAUAGAAAACGGCUGGUUCCGUCUGUAAAUAUAAAGCUGUAACAGUUGCGGAGCCAGAUUUAAUAUUAAUAAUAUUAUUAUUGUAUUAAAUUGGAAUAUCAUUUUAACACCAUUUCGCUAGUCAACAAAGUUAAACGUCUUUCAUUAAUCACAAGUGUUUUUGUUUUUUAAAUUUCUUAUGUUUAUUUCAAAAGUACAACUAAUUACAGC